CGAAAUGUUUUGGUUUUAUCGAGUACUGAGAAGCUUUGAUACAUGGAGAACAUUAAUAUAAAAAACUAACAUGAGUGUAACAAGUGAAGCCAGUGACAUAAAUUUUGAUAAACAGAAUGAAAAGGAUGAAGAUUUUAAAAUCGACGAUUAUCAGAAAGAAAUUGAUAGUGAUGAUUCCUAUUAUGACAUUCCAGAAACAAAUGAUGAUGAAAAUGUCAAAGAUAAUGAAAAUGAAAUAGAUGAACAUCAAGAAAACGAACAUAUUGGACCAGUCCUUCCUGGUGGCCAUAGAUUUGAUAGGAAGUUUAUUUGUGUUAAAUAUCCUGGAAAUGUCAUUAAUCCUGAUAAAGCUAUAGAAACUUUAGGUGGCAUUCAAAACAUUUCCACGGCAAUAAGUACUCCAUAUCGACGUUUGGAGUUGAGGUUUAGACCUGAUGAUGCUUAUUGUAAACCAACUUGUGGUGAUAGACAUAAUACCAAUGGGUUCUUACUCAAAGUCAAAAUUAAAAAAUCUAGGGUAAUAAAAGUGGAAGAAGCUGAAUUAAAACAGUCAAAGAAACAAUGUACAAGUAAUAUGAAUAUAAAUGAUUCACCAAAUGGUGAUACUGAAAAUGAUGAAAAUAAUGUGGAUGCAGUGAAUCCAACAGAAAUUCAAGACAUACCUCAGUGCAGUAAUGUAGAAAAUAAAAAUCAACAAGGGCAAAUUAUGACUGAUUUAAUCAAUCAAGUACAAUGUUGCAGCGUUAAUACCUUAGGUGAUUCUGUCACUCCACCUGAUAAGGAUUUACUUUCCAAAAGUGUUAAAGACUUACAAGAUUUAUCAUCACAUACAAGUGAUGCAAAUUUGUUAAAAAGUAAGAGAAAUGUAGAACCAACAUUUGAUCGAAAUAAAUAUGAAGAUCUUUCUGAAGAUAAAGACUAUGAACUUCCAAAAUUAAAAGUUUUAGGUCGAGUUGACACAGAAUUUAAAUUUAUAAGUCUUUGUGAUUUUCAGUAUUUACCAAUGACUCAAAAGAAAGAUGAUCCUAAAAAAUUAGAAUGUAUAUAUGAUAAAAUUUAUCCAAGUCAUAUACCACAUUAUGCAUGGUUAAGGAAUGAUGUGCCUUACUUUUUACCACCAGCUGCGUUCAGCAGAAUGGAUACAGUACAGCAAUAUGUACCCAAAACUGAAAUAAAUUCGUAUCCAGAAAAUGUAAUUGGAAAGAGCAGAAAACGAAGAGCGGGAUUCUCAAAUUUUAUUUAUUUUUCAACUCCGGAAGUGCCUACUAAACCUCCAGUAGGAAUAGAAACCGCUAUGAAAGUCAAAUUUGUUCAAAACGCACACCUUGAACAAAUUCGUCAAAUCUUUGAGGAACGGCCAAUUUGGUCGAAAAAUGCAGUAAUGUAUAAAACUAAAUUUUCUAACGAUCGAUUGAAAAUUUUACUACCCUCCGUGGCAUAUUAUUUUAUGACUGGUCCGUGGAAGAUUAUGUGGGUAAAAUUGGGAUAUGAUCCGAGAAAAGACAUUUCUGCAAGAAAAUAUCAAGUUUUAGAUUAUAGAUUGAAAGCCAUGCAUGGUUUGGGAUCUACUGUAAAGUGUAAAAGAAAUUACUCAGAGUAUACAUUACCAUACAAAUCAACUCCAGUUUCAAAACAAAAGACAAUUGUACAAAAUGCAUCUUCAAGUCAAGAGCAGUAUUAUAAAAAACAACAAGACUUAAAUGAAAAUGUAUAUAUUUAUCGAGAGGGAAUGAUACCUCCUUCGAGGCAAAUGUUUUAUCAGUACUGCGACGUUCUUGUAAAUGAAAUACAAGAAAUGUUAGCAAAGUUACCCGACCCUUUACCUAGUACUAGGUGUCAUGAAAAAAGAGGUUGGUUGCCAAGUGGUUUCGAUGUGCAGUGUCGAGAAAUUAUUAAUAAACAAGUUCGAGCUGUUUUGAGAAAGCAACUAAAUAUACCUGAAGAUCAUCCUACGUCUUUGCCACGAAAGCGAAAAAAUAGAAUUAAAAUAAAAUUUGAUCAACUUAAAGGUAAGAAACGAAAGAAAAAAAGUGAUUCCGUUUUUAGCGCAGAAGAAAACGAAGAAAAAAGUGAUAAGACUGAAUCUAGUGCUGAUAUAAUAGAAAAUGAGUGA